AUGCUGGUAUAUAGAAUAUUAGGAGGGAUAUACCUCUCAUCAAUAGAACCAUUGAAUAGUGGAGUCAACUUAAAACGAGAUUAUGGAAUUCACCACAUAUUAUCCGUCAUUCCAGGACCGAUUCCUGCUGCAUACACCAGUGAAUAUCAUUGGAAACAAAUUGAAAUAACCGAUGAAGAAACCACGAAUUUGUUCCCAUAUUUGGAGCCAUGUUAUAAAUUUAUAGAUGAAGCAUUGUUUCUGGAAUCAACUGAUCCUAAGAAACAUUCAGAUAAUAUCUUGAUUCAUUGUUCUCAAGGAGUUUCUAGAUCUGUUGCCAUAGUCAUGUCAUAUUUAAUGAAAAAAUACAAGCUUAAUGUGCAACAAUCAUUACAUGCUGUCAAGAGGAAAUGUCCCGAUGUUGGACCAAAUGAAGGAUUCGUGUCUCAAUUGAAAUUAUACAAGGAUAUGGGAUGCGUAGUUGAUGAAGAUAACGAUGAAUAUAGACAGUUCUUGGUAGAUUUGAAUUUGAAGCUCGACCCUUCAGGACAAUCAUUACGUGAAUUAAUGAGUAAACGCAGUGAAUCUACCGCUCCACAAGAAACGGAAGUGGUUUAUGAACUCAGAUGCAAAAGAUGUCGUCAAGUUCUUGCCAAUAACACCCAUAUAGAACAACAUGAAAUACCCGUAGCUGAAUCUCGUCAGUCCCAAUUUGUCAAAACCGCACCAAACUCAAGAAGAGUGAUUUCAAUUGAAGAAGCCAGUGAUAAAUGUUCCCAUUAUUUCAUGAAGGAUCCAUUGAAAUGGAUGAAGGAAGAACUUGACAAAUCAGAAAUUGAAGGGAAAUUCCAAUGUCCUAAAUGUACUUCUAAAGUUGGUGGAUAUAGCUGGCGAGGCUCUAGAUGUUCUUGCGGGAAAUGGAUGAUUCCAGCCAUACAUUUACAACAAGCAAAAACUGAUUGUAUUAGUAAGAAUUUGCAUGCACCAAUACAUCAAUCAAAUGCUUAG